GCUGAAAGAGUCGCCAUGCCGUUGCGCCUUCCACUUGCCUCGCUGCUGCUGCUGUUGCUGCUGGGCAGCGUUCGCUGCGCGCAGUCRCCACAAAAUGUGCUGCUGCUGCUGGCCGAUGACGCGGGCUUCGAGAUGGGCGCCUAUCUGAACAAGUACUGCCAGACGCCGAAUUUGGAUGCGCUGGCCAAAAACGGAUUGCUGUUCAACAACGCAUUCACCUCCGUCAGCAGCUGCAGUCCGAGCCGCGCUCAGCUGCUGACCGGACAGGCGAGUCACGCCAGCGGCAUGUACGGGCUCCAUCAGGGCGUGCACAACUUCAAUGUGCUGCCCGAGGUGAGCUCGUUGCCCAAUGUGCUGCGCGAGCAGAGCCAAGGACGCAUACUGAGCGGCAUAAUAGGCAAGAAGCAUGUCGGUGCCGCCUCGAACUUUUUCUUCGACUUCGAGCAGACGGAGGAGCAGCAUUCGAUAAACCAGAUCGGUCGCAACAUUACCAAAAUCAAGGAGUACGCACGCGAGUUUCUGGCACGAGCCAAGGCUGAGGGGAGAAGCUUCUUCUUGCUGGUGGGCUUCCAUGAUCCGCACCGUUGUGGCCACAUCACGCCGCAGUACGGCGAGUUUUGCGAGCGCUGGGGCAGCGGCGAGGAGGGCAUGGGCACGAUACCAGACUGGAAGCCCAUCUACUAUGACUGGCGCAACUUGGAAGUGCCUGCCUGGCUGCCGGACACGGAUGUGGUCAGACAGGAGCUGGCCGCCCAAUACAUGACCAUCUCACGACUGGAUCAGGGCGUCGGCUUGCUCUUGCGAGAAUUGCAGCAAUCCGGACUGGCGGAAGAUACCCUCGUCAUAUACACCUCGGACAAUGGCCCACCUUUUCCCGGCGGCCGCACCAAUCUGUAUGAGCGUGGUAUUCGAUCUCCGCUGAUUCUCAGCUCCCCCCAAGCCGACGCACGUCGUCACGAGACGAGCGCUGCUAUGGCCAGUCUGCUGGACAUUUAUCCCAGCGUUCUGGAUGCUCUCCAGCUGUCGCCGCCUAACGGGACUCGCUUCAGCGGCCAAUCGCUCUUGCCUGUGCUCUAUAAGGAACCGGAGCCUGUGGAGAGCGACGCUGUCUUCGGUAGCCAGAGCUACCACGAGGUGACCAUGGCCUAUCCCAUGCGCAUGGUGCGCAACCGGCGCUAUAAGCUCAUACACAACCUCAACUAUUGGGCGGACUUUCCCAUCGAUCAGGACUUCUAUACAUCGCCCACGUUCCAGCAGAUCCUCAAUGCCACCAUCAACAAGCAGCCAUCGCCCUGGUACCGCACCCUGCAGCAGUAUUACCAGCGACCCGAGUGGGAGCUCUACGACAUCAAGGCGGAUGCCUUGGAGCGCUUCAAUCUGGCGGACAAGCCGAAGUAUAGCGCCACCCUGAAACAGUUGCGCCAGAAGCUCUUCAAGUGGCAGGUGGACACAGAGGAUCCGUGGCGCUGUGCGCCUCACGCCGUGCUGCAGGAUCAGGGAGUUUACAAGACGGAGCCCGUCUGCCUGACUCUGGGCCAUGAGGCGCUACAAAGGCCCAAACGUCGAAAGCUCACCCAGUACGAACAGUAUAUUGUAGUGUAGCUAGCUUCCCUAUAGAGUAUUGGUCGAUCAAUUAUUUCCUU